AAGAAGAAAUGGCUGCAAGGUUACUUUUGAGAACGGCAGUCCGGGCCGCCACAACCUGUCGGGCUUCCCCGAUGAGGGGGCUUACCCGUGGCAUGUCGUCUGGAGGGAUUCCAACCGACGACGAGCAAGCCACUGGUAUGGAGAAGAUUAUUAUGCGCGCUAUGAGAGAGGGCUCGGACCCAUACAACAUGUUAAAGCCCAAGGAGUACGCCGGUUCUAAGGACGAUCCACACCUUGUGCCCUCCAUCACCAACAAAAGAAUUGUGGGUUGUGUCUGUGAAGAGGACAACACAGCGGUGGUGUGGUUUUGGCUCCAUGACGGGGAACCUCAGCGCUGUCCCUCCUGCGGUGCCCACUACAAGCUGGUGGCUCAUGAACUGCCGCACUGAGUCUGACGCCCGGACCUCAGCUCCCAGCGCGCCAGGAUCCGAAACCAGCCAACCUCACUCACCU